GAAUAAUAUCAAAAUGUUAUUUUAAAGAUUUUAUUGGGCUCUAAUUAAAACCCUUUGUUGUGAGAUCAAAAUAAAAAUAUCCGGGAAACACAAAGUAGUGUCGUCAUUCCCAAUUCUAAGGUUUUGUGAUUAGCAAAUCCAAGUUGAUGUAACCGUCACGGAAAUGUGUCACGCAUAUGAAACUACUACGUGAGGCAAACGGAAAACCCCCUUUAUAUGUUCAACUAUAUAAGACAAUAAGUGUACUUUAAAUCAUGAGUAGUGUUCCGUUAAAGACAAUCCCCAACAGAGGCCAUGAACAUGCUGAUUGCUUUCGCCCUUCCCCUCUACAUGGCCACCCUCGCCCGCGGCGCGCCCCUGCCGGAGACCGGCGCACUUGUUGAGGAGCCGCUGUUUCAGGAGACCGUGCAGAGGAGCCGCAGCCUGGUGCAGAAGAUCCUUCUGUCCGUGGUCGACGCGCACAAGUCCUGCAUUCACACGGAGACGCUGCAACUCAAUUCCUCGGAAAAUGCGAAGCUGGCGACCAUGGCGUCCAUCAUCGGCAUCCCCCCUGCCCCCGUGCUCAGAGUCGUGUCGGAAAACGUCACCUUGGAGAGCAGCUUGAGGCGGAUGCACGAGGGCCUGCUGCUGCACCGGGACCUGCUGAGCUCCGUCUCUCCUCGGCUGGAAAGCAAAGAUUCAGUGACCGGGCUGAUGGCCGACAUCAGAGACCUGGCCCUUCAGAUCACUAAGAUGCUAAAAAUGGUCCAAGCAGAAGCCACGGCACAGCCCACCCGGGCUCCCGUGGCUUUGCGUCUGUCGGGGGAAUACGAAGUCCAGGUGGCAGCACACCUGACUCUGGUGCAGCUGCAGUCCUUCGGGCAGGACAUGGUCCGCUGCCUCAGGAGUCUGGACCGGAGCAGCGAGGAUGAGACGGAGAGCUGACGGACAGGCGCGUCGUUCUGCUGCUUUUUGGCUCCAGUCCAAAGUAUCCACGAGUACCAGAUUUUGUGGUAUUCGUUUAUUGAUCUGUUCAAAGAUUAUUUAUUCUGUAUUUUUGAUUAUGUAUUUGUAUUUAUAUAUUUAUUAAUAAGACUGGAUAUGUAUUAUUUAUUUUUUAUAACAGCUUUUCAUCCUUUGGCCAAAGACGAUUUGUGCUUUAACACUACUUACGUGACGCAGUAGGGCAACGACGACUUUAGCAUUAAAGAAAGUAAAAAGCGACAUCUGUUUGCUUUAAUCAUCCAUUAUUAUUAUUAUAUUUAAAUUGUUAUUUUUGUAUAACUCAUUGUUCGUUCUUUUAUUUUAUAAUUUGUCAAUAAAAUUUAAUUUUCCUGAAAA